AUCGAUUGACAAAUGGAUGAGAGUUUGCUUAGUUAUCAUCAUCUUUCACGUUCCAAUGAUCCUUACCUAGGCAUAUGAUAUGAUUACCUUUCGCUUUCAAGCUAUGCCCUUUUUAACUUUCCUGCGAUUGGACGGUGCGCCUUCUCACGCCACGUUCUUCUCAACCAGCUUCUGACAACUGGGAUUCCUUCAUUUCCAUCGAAUUCCAUCGAAUCUCAUGAUUGCCCGGAGUUUCUUUCUUCUCCUGUAAUCAUCCUUUGACCAAACUCUUUCCAGGAGCAUUCACCGUCUUAACGUAGAGCGCACCGCAAGGAUGUCUUCGCGGGUCGAGAGAAGGAGCAGCAGAAGCUCGGUCCAUGGCAGGCACGAUGAUCCAGCUCGAGAAGGUGGCGAUGAGUGGGAGGUCAGGCCAGGAGGCAUGUUGGUGCAGACGAGGGCGAGUUCUGAGGCAGAACACCGGAAUCAAGCUCAGGCCUCCAACAUCAGAGUCAAAGUCAAACAUGGCCCUUCAUGUCACGAGGUUCUCAUCAGCCCUCAGGCCAGCUUUGAGGAACUGAAGAAAAAGUUGGCAGAGCCAACGGGUUUGCAUCAUGAGGACCAGAAAUUGAUAUACAAGAAGAAAGAGAGAGGCUCGAAACAAUAUCUGGAUGUAGCAGGAGUGAAAGACGGAUCAAAAAUUGUUCUGGUUGAGGACGUUUUAGGCCGCGAAAGACGCUGCCUCGAGAUGCUGAAGAAGGUGAAGAUAGAGAAGGCUUCAAAGACAUUGGAAGGAAACAGCUCGGAACUUGACAGAAUGAGUGAGAAGGUAUUGGCUUUGAAAAAGGUGGCUUCCGAAGGUGGGAAAGUCGAAAGUAUGGAUGUCGAGAAGUUUACCAAUGCCUUGAUGAAGCUAUACAUUAAAUUGGAUUCACUAGUAGUUCAGGGAGAACUGAAUUCACAGAAAAGAUUGCAGGUGAGGAAAAUUCAGGAGCACAUAGAAAUGCUAGAUGCACUGAAACUGAAGAGUCCGCUCGGACAAGCCAUGAAACCAACAAACAUGAAGCAGGCCCAGAAGAAGCGAGUGAGAUUUGAAGGCCUGACACCAGGGACGCAUCAAACACCAAGAAAUUCCGAUCCGGUGGUGGUAACCACCAGGUGGGAGACCUUUGAAUGAUGUGAAGAUUUGGAAGCUCUCAUCUCUGUGGCCCUUGAAGUUCAUGACUCAUCUGAGGCCAAGUACAGUAGUGGUUCAGCAAUAAUGCAAUGCAUCUUCUUCCUCUUUAUCAGUUUCAUCAAGUAGUUCAUCUUCAUAUGUUGAUGUACCUGAAAUUAAUACAGAUCAAAAACUUUGGAUUCAAUCA